AUGAGCGUCGCCAUGUCCAUGCUGAGAAAAACGUGGACCCCCCUCCAUAUGGGGGGUCUUAGAACCAGCAUCCUCUCGAGACACUAUUCCAUGGGCCACCACAGUGGCGAGACCAACCAUGUUGCAGAAGGAGCAGGUGCACCUGUUGAGGCUGAGGCUGAGGCUGAGGCGCUAGAACAUCAAGCUGCUGACGCCGUGAAACUCAUCAGCUCUAACGUAGUUGAGGAGACAAACCUCCAUCCUACUUUGAAGAGGGCCUUUGCAAAGACCAUUGGUCCAACCCUCACCCCUGUCCAAGAACAGUGCAUCAACGACUUUGUCUCUUCCGAACACGGUAUCGUUGUUCGUGCGAAAACAGGUACCGGUAAGACCUUUGCCUUUGGUCUCCCCGUCAUCCAUUCCGUCUUGAAAUCAAGAGAACGUGAUGUCAAGUUCACCGACAAAUACGUCAACUCGGUCAUCUUUGCCCCAACCCGUGAUUUGGCCACACAGAUCCGUAAAUCCAUCUCCACCCUGUGGGACGACUGUGGUGCAAGAAAAUUCCCAAGGGAUUCCUCCAACUAUAGAUUGAGAAUCCCUAGAAACUGGGAAUCGAUCCCCUUGGUUAUUGGUCAGACCCCCUACAGGCAAACAAUGGAUUAUUUCCCCGGUAGAAGCGCUCCUCCUAUUGUCGUGGCAACCCCGGGUAGAUUUAUGGAUGCCUUGGAGAACCGUCAAGCGUUUCGUGAUUCUCUCGUUCAUCUCGAAAAUAUCAUCAUUGAUGAAGCUGAUGAACUGUUGAAUGGUAAUUUCAAAGAAGAUAUCAAUAAUAUCAUUGACGAACUAAACGCCAUUCGUAAACCAAUCAAAGGUGUCGAGGAACCAGGUGCUCCAGUCAAACCAAAGACAAUGUUGUUCUCCGCCACUGUUAGUGACGAUGUUUUCGAACUUGCCGAACGUGCAAUCGGUCCCGAAUUCCCCUUUGUUGACGUCACUGGUGCUAAAACAGAGGAAGUCAACGAAAACAUCACUCAAAUCCUGGUUCAAACAGAAAGUAUCUACGACUCUUAUAUUGCUGCGGUAAGCUUUAUUUUGGAUAACCAAAGGCAAAAGAACUUCAAACCAAUUAUUUUCUUAAGUACCACUUCAUCUGUUGAUUUCUUUGCCAAACUUUUCUCGGACAUUCUAAGGGCUGAAGGUUGUCGUCGCCGUGUUUUACCUUUCCAUGGUAAACUACCUCAAGGUAAACGUGAUAACUCUCAAAAGAUUUUCCGUGAAUCAUCCAAUGCCAUCCUCGUUGCUUCGGGUAUUGGUGCAAGAGGUAUGGAUUUCCCUGGUGUUACCCAUGUUAUUCAAAUCGGCGUUUCUUCUGAAAUUGACUCUCAUACUCACAAGAUUGGACGUACUGGGCGUGCAGGUAAAAAGGGUGAAGCGUUAUUGUUCACUUCCAAACUUGAAGAACCUUUCGUUAAAGCACUAAUUAAGAAUGGUAAUAAAUUUGGUGAGACAAUCGAAUUUGAUAGUACAACACCUGAAGCAUUAGAUGUUGCAGAAAAAAUCAAGAAACAAACUAACUCUUACCUAGACUUAGACGAGACUUUUUUGAAGAAUUUGUCUCAUUACCGGAACAUCCCUUCCAAGAUUGCAAAGUUAAAUCAAACAGCUCUCGCGAUGGAUGUCGCUAAAACCUACUCCGCAUUAUCUGGUGAAGCUGUGUAUGACGAAGACGAAGAACCGGUUAAGUUGACCAUGUCUUACAACAUGGCUGACAAAAUGGGUUUAAAGUGGGAAGAGUUGGAAGAUUAUUACAACUUCACUGGUAGACGUCCACAGAAAUCCAAGUCUGGUUCUUUUAACGGUAGAAACAACAAUAGACAAAGUAAGGGUAAUUGGUCAAAUAACAGGAGUGAGAGAGGUGGUUACAGAGACAGCAAUAGAGGUGGUUAUAGAAAUGAUCACAGAGACAGUUACAAAAGUAGAAGUAACAGAAACAGCAGAAACAGUGAUAGAUGGGAAGACUCGAGUGAACAGAGGUGGUGA